AUGCUGGCCCUCUCGAUUCUUAUCCUGGCCGGCCUGGCCAUCGCAACCCCCUACCCCAUUGUCUUGGACGCUUUCGCCUCGGGCAUAUCCUACAUCCCCAACUCGCCCGGCGUAGCCCGCAACGUCUGGAACGCGACAUUCACCGACACGCCAUGGACAAGCUGGGUGAACGGGACGGACAAUGUCGGCUGGGGUCUUGGCUACCGCAUCGUGCGGAUGGACGAGUUUGCCCCCCCCUCCAACUCGACUGCAUCAAACUCGACUACUACUGAGCGGUACAAGUGUGCGGGCGACUGUCCUGCGCGCGCAGAGUUCAAUUUCUACGGUACGGGGAUCGAGUUCUGGGGGUUCUGGGGUGCGCCGGGAAGUGUCCAAGAGCAGGGCGGGGCGGCCGUGCUGGACAUUUGGAACAAUACGGUCAUGCAGUCGUCGGGGUCGGUUAACGGCGAGUAUGACUCCAAGGUGCCCAUUAAGCUCGGCGAGGCAAAGGUCAUGCUCGGUAACCAUACACUGGCGCUCGUGCCGCAGUGGGGUAACGUUGCGUUAACCCACAUGGUCGUGUACAUGGAACUCGACGGGAGCACCGAAGCCAUUGCCUCGUCAGAGGCCCACGCCAACAUUCUCAACCUAGCCCUCCCCACCAACACCUCGGAACCCCACCCCUUCGCCGAGAAGAACCCUGCCAUCCCCAUGGUCCUCGAACAAAACUGGGUCCCUGGAAACGCGGUGGGCUGGGACUCUAAACAGCCCAACAAAAACUACACGAGGAUGGGGACAUGGGAAUCCAACGCCCGUCUCUCCCUCUCCAUCCCGAAAGGUAACCGUUUCCUCCGCGUCAACGGAACCAGCGGAUGGAACCACGGCACUUUUAGAGUCGACAUCACCCCUCCUCCCCCCGGACGCAUCGAGACCGAAUACCACUACACCUCGGUAUCGUGGAACACGCCCAACACGACAUUUUACGUGGCGGCCCUCGAUCCCAAACGCAGUUACGACGUCGCCUUUACCAAUUUGGGCAGUAUCGGUGGAGAUUCGACGUAUCUCUGGUUUGAUAUCCAUGCGUUCGAACUGUGGCCGGUUGGGCCAGACGAAGGUCGCGUGUCCAAGUCUGUAGUUGUUGGAGCGGCGGUUGGCGGGAGUCUUGGUUUCAUUCUCGUGUUAGCGGCGGCAUAUAUCUUGUGGCGUUGGCGAAACAAGAAGAAAGCCGUUGCCGCUCAAUCCCCCGAGGACCCCAAGCCCGACACUCUCACCGCUACCGACGCUGGCACUGUCCUCCCCUACUUCCCCCCGAGCUACGACGAGGGAUGGACCGCCAACGCUGCGUCCUCGUCUGCAGUUGCUGCCCCAGUUGCCUCCCCAGUUGCUGCCCCAGUUGUCGCCCCAGUUACCGGCUCUACGCUGUCUACGGCUUCGCAGUACGAGGAUUACCGCGAGAUGAUCAAGACGGCAGCGUACCGCGGCGCCGUGUCUCGUGAGACAUAG